AUGGCAAAGGGUUCAAAGACCGAUGAUAUUCCCGAACAUCCUCCCUCGGUAGAGGAGGAUCUCUACGAGAUUCUGGGCGUCAAAUCGAAUGCGACACCUGAAGCAAUCAAAUCGGCAUAUAAGAAGAGUGCUUUGAAGAACCACCCUGACAAGGUCGGUGAGGAUGUCAGAGAAGAGGCCAAUGCCAAGUUCCAACGAAUUGCCCUCGCAUACGCCGUUCUGUCCGAUGAGCGCCGCCGAAAGACCUACGACCGUACCGGUCGUACAGAGGAGUCGCUCGACGACGAAGACUUCGAUUGGAUGGACUUCUACCGCGAGCAGCUGUCUGCUAUGCUGGACACGCGUGCGAUAUCCGACUUUCAGAAGAAGUACCAGGGCUCCGACGAGGAGAAGCAGGACCUUUUGGAGGCCUAUGAAAAGUUCGAAGGUAGCAUGGAUCACAUUUAUGACACUGUGAUGCUCUCCAACGUCCUGGAUGAUGAUGUUCGGUUCCGCGCGAUUAUCGACAAAGCUAUUGCCGACGAGGAGGUUGAGGCUUUUGCGAAAUAUAUCGAUGAGACCGAGGACUCGAAGAAGGCACGGAUCAAGAGCGCACAGAAGGAAGCCAAGCAGGCCGAGAAACACGCUAAGAAGAUUGAGGCCGACAAGAAGAAGAAAGCGGCUGCUUCCUCGAAGACAUCCAAGGGCUCUGCGGCCGGCGAGGAUGAUCUGCUUGCUAUGAUUAGCAAGAGACAGAAGGAUCGUGGCCAGGGCUUCAUGGCACAUCUGGAGGAGAAGUACGGUGGUAAGGGCAAGAAGCGUGGUGCAGCCGAUGAGCCUCCGGAGGAGGCAUUUGCUGCCGUUGGUGCUCGCAAGAAGUCUAAGGAUACCAAGACGAAGUCAACGAAGGGGUCCAAGGCGUAA